UACAGCUAUUUUGUUAGGUGAGAGCAAAGCCAAAAAUUCAGAGAAGAGUAAGAAGCAAGGGUCAUCUGGUCAGGCAAAAUAUAAUUGACAAAAGCUAGGAAGCCUAGUUUCGUAAUUUGGCAUGCAGGUUCUUCUCCUUCCCAGAUACAACCCAAGUCCCCCUCCCAGUUGAUCCUACUGUUUUCUGUUAACGGUUACCUCAGAAUCUUGCAAGCCCCACUAUCCAAUUCUCUUUGCACAUUCUAUAUUAUCAAGUCCAAUUUAUCCAAACCCUGUAUUCAUAAUCUUCUCCUUUCCUUCCCCAAGCCUUUUUGACGAGUUUGUUUUCACUGAAAGGCUUCCAAAAAAAGGAAAAAGAAAUUGGAUUCCAACAGCGCAAUGAAAGGCCAGAACAAGGAAAAACUGCGAGCACUUUCACCUGAUUCUUCAUCCAAUCCCUUUGAUGUCUUAACAGAAGAGGUUGUAUUGAAAAUCCUUGACUAUCUUGACAACGACGAGUACCCUUCUGCCAGAAAGUCGUUCUCUCUCACGUGCAAGACCUUUUACUUCAUAGAGUCUGGCCACCGCAAGACUAUCAAGCCUCUACGCGCUGAGCUCCUCCCGAGAACCCUUCACAGAUACCCUUUCGUUUCCCAUCUCGAUCUCUCUCUUUGCCCAUGCGUUGACGACAGCACGUUAAACAUGAUAUCGUCAACCUGGAAAGCUACUUUGCAUUCAAUAAACCUAUCCAGAUCAAGGUUUUUCACGAAUGUCGGGUUGUCAAGCUUGUUUGUUAAUUGUUCGGGUCUCGUUGAGGUUGAUUUGUCCAACGGGACGGAGUUGACUGACUUGGCGGCCUCAGCCAUAGCAGAGGCGAAGAAUUUGGAGAGAUUGAGGCUGGCAAGGUGCAAGUUAAUAACUGAUAUGGGGAUCGGGUGUAUAGCUGUUGGGUGUAGAAAGUUAAGGUUGCUUUGCUUGAAGUGGUGUCUGCGUGUUGGUGAUUUGGGUGUGGAGUUGAUUGCUUUAAAAUGCAAGGGGAUCAGGAGUUUAGAUCUUUCUUAUUUACCGAUCACAGAGAAGUGCGUCAAAUCUGUCCUUCAACUCCAACAUCUUGAAGAUCUGGUUCUAGAGGGAUGCCAUGGCAUUGAUGAUGAUGGCCUUUCAACACUCGAGCAAAGUUGUAAGUCACUAAAGAUGCUUAACUUGUCAAACUGUCAGAAUGUUACUCACACGGGCUUGUCAUCUCUGACAAAUGGUGCUCAACAACUUCAGCAGCUCAUAUUGGCAUAUGGCUCUGUUGUAAGUCUGAAACUCCCUAAGGUUACUUCUGAUGUAGCAAAAUGCCUGCAUACUUUUUCAAAGCUGCAAUCAAUUAAAUUAGAUGGUUGUCUAAUUACUUCGUCAGGGAUCAAAGCCCUGGCAAGUUUGCAUGCCUCAAUCAAGGAGCUGAGCUUCAGUAAAUGCUUAGGAGUGACAGAUGAGGGGCUUUCUUUCCUUGUCCAAUCACACAAAGAACUGAGGAAAUUAGACAUCACAUGCUGUCGUAAGAUAAAAUAUAUGUCUAUAGACAGCAUAACAAAUUCAUGCACCUCCCUUACUUCGCUCAGGAUGGAAUCUUGUAGCUUGGUUCCAAAGGAAGCCUUUAUUUUGAUUGGAGCACGUUGCUCGUGUUUGGAGGAGCUGGAUGCCACAGAUAAUGAAAUUGAUGAUGAAGGUUUGAAGUCCAUCUCAAGAUGUUCAAAAUUAUCUAUUCUAAAGUUAGGGAUCUGCUCUAACAUAUCGGAUGAAGGACUUGCUAAUGUUGGAAGUUAUUGCUCAAUGCUUACAGAGCUUGAUUUGUACAGGUCCAUGGCAAUAAGUGAUGCAGGCAUUGCAGCCGUUGCUGAUGGUUGUCCUGCUCUUGAGAUGAUCAAUAUAGCUUAUAAUGGUAAAGUUACAGAUAACUCAUUAAUAUCAUUGUCAAAAUGCUUGAUGUUAAAAGCACUUGAGAUUCGUGGAUGCCCUGGUGUCUCAUCAAUUGGUCUAUCGGCCAUUGCUGUGGGAUGUAAGCAACUUACUGUGCUUGACAUAAAGAAAUGCUUCAAUAUUAAUGAUAAUGGAAUGCUUCCACUUGCUCAAUUUUCCCAAAAUCUGAAGCAGAUAAACUUGUCUUAUUGCUCUGUUACAGACGUUGGGCUUGUAGCACUAGCUAGCCUCAAUCGCCUACAGAACAUGACAAUCUUGCACUUGGCUGGUUUGACUCCAAAUGGCCUAGCAGCAGCUUUGUUGGCAUGUCGAGGGUUAACAAAAGUGAAACUUCAUGCAUCCUUUAAACCAUUACUUCCUCAAUCCUUUCUUAAGUACAUGGAAGCCCGUGGGUGUGUGUUUCACUGGAGGGACAAGGCAUUUCAGGAAAUGGAUCCCAAGGGAUGGAAGCUGCAUUUUGGAAGGAGUACUGAAGUUCCAUAGCUUGCAGAGGAUGCACCGGUUAUCUAGUCUGGGUCUAUAUAUGUAGAGUCCAUGUAGCCCAGAAGCGAAAAAAAGGGCUGAAAUUAUGUAAUUACUUUAUGUCAAAAUGAGGUUUUGGCUUGAAAUUUGGCAACUUUGUUACAUAAAUCUCGACAGCCUUAAUAAAGUUUCUGCUUGGAUUAUUAAACUGUCAA